AUGCCACACUUCACUUCUAGUCCUACUAUCGAUAUGCCGCACUUCACUUCUACUCCCUCCAUCAAAAAUGCUACCAUCGAUGAAAUCCUAGAGCUGCAAAAGACUUUUGCCGAAAAGCGGCUCGUCUUCGUCGACGGAGAACGCAUGGCCGGCUGGUUGAUGGGAUUGGGAGCUUCCGCCGAAGACCUGAAGAAAAUCCAGAAGGUUAGCGAUAAGCUUCAGGGAGAUCCAACUCUCCCUUUCCGCAAGUCGAAGAACGGACGCUUCCUCUUCAACUUUGACCGCAACGAGCUGCAGAGACUGGAAUUCCAAGAGUUUGUCCUGUCCGCCGCCGAAGAUUUUGUGCGCCACGACUCCGAGAAGACGCGAUCUUUCGAACAGAUCACUACGGACCUGCAGGGCAACACGGCACUACAAGCCCUCUUUCUCUUCAAGUCGUUGAUGAUACGAUCUAUUCGUACGAAGCACCGCCCUAUGCUCGAUUAUAAUCACAAUUCCUAUGUCUGCACCCUCUUCAACCUGCGGACCGUGACGACGGGUGACCUGGUAGGCGAGCCCGCUCUCGAGGGCGUGCAUAGCGACGGUGUCGAUUUCACCAUGACCACCUUCUUGGGUGCUGAAAACAUGACGGAUGACAGCGCUAUUACCUUUGUGCACGACAACGAGGAAAAGACGGCGGCGAGGUGGCACGAAACAAAUCCUAAGCUUCUUUGCGGCUCGUACCAGCACCGCCACUUCCUGGACACACUGCUCUUCGUCGAUGCAGAAUAUAAGCACAGCCUGACGGCCGUUGAGCAGAAGGACUUGUCCCGCAGCGCCACCCGCGACAUGCUCAUCUUCUUCACGCGCAAGCCGGUCGUCAAGGGCCACGUGUCGUACAAGUAUGAUUCUCUGGUUGAACAUCAGACGCUUCCACUGAGGGUCUCGCUGAACGAGACGCUUUCCGCCGGUCGAGUUGGAGACAAGCGAACAGCUGCAGCUUAG